GCUGUGACCCCUGCAGGGUGUGAGCAUCAUUUUGGAUUCCCUCCGGUGCUUCGGCCAUGUCGAAGAACAUGAAGACUCUGGGUGUUCCUGGUGUUGGUUACAUGGCCAAGGUUCCAUGGUUGGGUCACUUAAGGUUCCAUAAAAGGACGAGGAAGAGGAGGAUGGCGCAAGUCUUGGUUUAGGCUACAUCCUGCUUGUGGAAGGUUUCUUUAUAUUGUGCCGUCAAUGGAGAAAAUGGCUGUGCCUUGAUUGAUUGGCUGUUGCUUUUUAGGUCAUGCCAUGGUCUUGAUUCCUUUCAGAUAAGACAGAUGGGCUCCUGAUUAUUAUAGUUUCUUGAUCUAGAUAAAAAAAAAUAUAUAAUGUGCCAAAUCAUGUAGGUCUGACUAAUGCGCUCUGUUCUCAUGUUUGAUGCCAGCUAGUGUUAGCCUUCCACAUUGGCCAUGGGUUGACCUGGAAAUGUGUUAACUCGUCUGAGCAUCUUUUGGAUUUCAGCUCUAGGGCUUCCAACCAAGUAUUUUCCUAGCUGACAUGCCAGUUUGAAUGGAGUGCCCAGUUAUUGUAUAGAUACUGUCCUUUAUGGUGUGUUUCAAGUCCCAACCCCUCCCUCAGAGCUCUGUCAAUGUUAUGAAGCAAGCCCUGAUGACUGGGUGAUUGAGUCAUAUUACUGAGGGUGUUUGGUUUUAUGUCGUGGAAACAACAUGUCUCAUAUCCGCAGAUGAGGCUGUUGAGAAAUCUAUAGUUAGCGAGGGUGGGCAUGAGGAAUGAAAUGAUUAAAUUCAAUUAAUUUGCCGGUACAGAACAGAAGGUCCGACCAACAUUUGACUUCCGCUUUUGUUGUCACUGUUUUACACAAUACAGUCAGGUUUAACAGUUUCAUCAUUGAUCAUAACCUUAGUACAUGCAGAGUUGCAUAACAUGUUUUGUCAGGUUGCUCAUCUCAACGGUUGGUUGGAACAGUGUGCAUUAGGCCAACUGCUUUUUAUUUUUUUUGGGACUGCCUCAUGUUUUCUUUAAAGCAUGGAACAUGUUUGCCCAUGGGUCUGCCUCUCUUUGUUUACAUUCACACUCAUGUCCUAACUUUACAUUUGCUUAUCUAAGAUUUAGAUUUUCUCACUCAACAGAGGUGAAGGGUAAGCUUCACUAGAGCUGACUAACAAAUAUUCUCUGUCCUAAAAGCUGAAUGAGAGUGAUCAGUGGCACACCCUCUUCCUGUGUGAGCUGGGGCCUUGCCUGUCUGCUUGAGAGCUCUAGCGUAGAGGGGUGCUGUCAGAAACACAAGGCUGCGCAGCUGCUUACCUCUUCCACUUUUAACUUCCUGAGGCUGAAUUGGUAUUUUUAAAAGCAUCCUUCAUUCACCAACAGCCUUACUUUGCUUUUUUAGCCUGUUUGGGUGACUGUAAGAUUUUUCCUGAUUUGAAAGAGCCAGGCAGUAUCAGAUGGAGAGCUGAACAUGUCUAGUCGUGGCUCUGGGGGCAGUUGCACCAGUCUACCAGGGACCCAGAGGGUAGAUGCCCAGGCUAGCAGUGUUGUCAGUUGGGCGGUGUGCUUUGAGAAGCUACUGGAAGACCCUGUGGGAUUACGCUACUUCACGGCCUUCCUGAGGUCAGAAGUGAGUGCGGAGAACAUCCUAUUUUAUAAAGCCUGCGAGAACUUCCGGAAGAUUCCACCCAACAGGACAAAAGAGUUGAGUGAGGAGGCCUGCUCCAUCUUCCAGACAUACCUGUCUGACCACGCUCCCUACCCAGUGAACAUUGAUGACACAGCCCGCGUGGAGGAGAAGGACCUGCACAAACCUACAGCUGACAUGUUUGACAAGGCCCAGACACAGAUCUUUAAGCUAAUGAAGAUGGACAGCUACCGGCGUUUUGUCCGCUCCCCUCUCUACCAGAAGUGCACCCUGGCCAGUGUUGAGGGCAAGCCACUACCCAGUAUCCCUUCAGAACCCACAUGCACAAGGUCAUGGGAGAACAUGGCCACCGCCAGCCCCUCCCUUAAUGACAUCAAAAAGAAAGAGAAGCAUUGGGAGAAUAGGGGAUCAUGGGGAGUUGAGGUGUCAUACCCCAAGAAUGGUCACUCCGGUCCCCGUCCCUCAGACCAGGGGCAGGGUGAUGGAGGUGGUGCAGAGGGGGGUUACUGCUGUGUCUACCUGCCUGAUGGCAGCGCUUCCCUGGCCCCCACUCGGCCCGGGUUGCCCCUGAGGGAAAUGUUGUCUGCCCUCUGUGAGAAGAGAUGCUUCCCCCUAAAAGAUGUCGUCAUCUACCUCCAAGGAAAGGAAAAGCAGCCUCUAACUAUGGACCAGGACAGUUCAGUACUGAGGGACCAGCAGGUCUACCUUGAGCUGCGGGUGACAUUCACGUUGGAGGUGGUGUUCACUGGUAAAACAGUUGGCAUCAUGGUGAAAUCCAGUAAGACCCUACAGGAAGCCCUCUCUACUGUACUACAGAAACACCAACUAGGAUUACACCAAGCUCUGGUCACAAUGAGUGGAAGUGAUGUGCCCCUGAACAUGACAACUAAUGUGUUAAGUCUGGCCAAUAAGAAGCUACAGCUGGACAAGGUCAAAGUUACCAGUCCAAGGUCCGGUGGCCAAAGUCCAUCUGCACAGGAGCAGGCUACAUGUCCAGUACGCCCAGAGGUCAGUGUGUCCCCUCCGACAGACAGACCCAAGCCCCGGGUUAGAAAGAACCCUGAAAUGGAAGAGAUGAUUGAGCUCUUAUCCAGAGCCCAGGCCUGUAGAGUGGAUGACCAGAGAGGCCCCCUGACUAAAGAACACUUAGAGCUCCCCCAGUUCCUCUUGAAACCCCCAGUCCAGGACCAGCAGACCCCCCAAGGGGAGGAUGGAAAGGCCACAGGCUGUCCGGGCAAGGUGGCGCCCACAGACACUAAAAACACAGCCGUCAAAUCCAUCUCCACUUCCACUCCAGUUGGAGGAGCUAAUACAGACUCAUCAGGUUCCAAACACAAAAACCCACACGAAACAUUUGUGUGAAUAUGGUGUGUGAAUAUGGUGUGUGAAUAUGGUGUGUGAAUAUGGUGUGUUGUGAGAGCAAAAGUGUGUGAAGCGGUGGAGCAUAAUUUAGUGCCUACUGUGGGUGCGUGCGGGCGUGUGUGUGUGUGAAGAAUUUCUUGAGUGAAAGACAUUUUGUGUGUGGCUGUGCGCGCGUGUUUACGCUGAGGUCAGGUUGGGUCAAGGGGAUGUGAACACAUGUAGCAAUUCAUCCUGUUUCCUGCCUAUUCAAAGAUCAAUUAUCAACGUAAUAUUACUACUAGAGAAGACAACACUGUUUUAUGGUCCUGAAGUUGCAGUUUGUUGUGUCAUUAUUUUUGUUUUUGCACAGAUAGACCAGAACUAUUAAGAGAAGCACUCAAGCUUUUUUGCCUAGGGUUGUGUUUAUAAGCUGAGAUAUGUACCGUAUUUUUACUGUCUCUGGUACACAUCUGUCUCGUCUAUGUUACCAUCUCCAGUGGUAAAGGUACAAUGUAUUGUGAUAUGCAUCUUAUAUACUGUGGCUUUCAAUUCAUCCCUGAACUCUGCUUAAAAACACAGUUUUGUCUUUUAGGGAAAGUUUUUGUCAUAAGGUUCUUUCAUGCUAUGUUACUUAUUAUAUUUAAUCCAAACAAAAUUUCUCAAAUCUAUUAAUUAUUUUGAGUACUUUUUCAGUAGUGCUUGUGUUUUCAUUUUAUAUGUAACUUUUUAUUUUUAUUUUGGGUGUGUUUUGAGUGCUUUUCUUUCUUAAGGUUUAUUUAUUUUAAUUGGUUGGUAUUUCAUAUAUCUGAGCACAUGUUUGUUUGCUGUGUUUGCACUUUGAAUGCCAGGUCCCCUGUGAUGACCACUCCUCCCCUCACUGUGUUUUAUCAGAGAGCAACUCUGGGUCAAACUUAAGUAUCAAAUUAUAACACCAUGCAUUGUACAGUACAUGAAUAAAUCAUGUUAUUGAUCUUAUAUACUUCUGCAGAUGUUAUCUCUUGUGGACAGACCACAAAACCCAAACCGUAUUGAGCGUCUGUCGCCAAAUUGUAGGUAACUGUUGAUUGCUGAUGUCAGCCGAAUCGACCAUUUCCCUAAGGCUGUGCGGGGAUUGGCUCCCUAUCGCAGGUGAUGAGCCAAUUGCAGCUUAGCCUAACCUUUCAACUUGUUGCUGGAAGGCACUGUUAUUAUGACAAAAUGAAGCAAGUUAUGGUUGGUUAGUUGUUAAUUUAAUGUAUUGUAAUGCUACUGCCUGUUUCCACAAUCCUUUAACGCCAUGAAUUAUAGUGUGUGCGCGCGCGUGCGUGCAUGUGCGUGUGUACGUGCGCUAGGAUGGGAGGGUUGUGUGCUGUCAGAUGCAGUAUACCAGUGAAAUGCAGAGCACCGUCUCUCUAACAGCACGUCUCCACUGAUAGAGAAGGGAAGGACAAACCUGGAGACUGAUUGGCAUCCGGGGUUUUAUUGUUUGUGUACAGCCUUCACUCCAACCCCAGCCUUGUAAUAACUGAAUCUCAGUAAGGACAGGCCAACCAUGGAGCAGAAAAACAAUGAUUGGCCUGGCACCACCUCCCCUCAGAAACCGUUGAAGAGCAGGUCCAAAUCCACGGAUGAGAUCCAGCAUCCCAAGAGGCUUUCCUCACAGAAGUCCCUUCCUGGUGGGCCAGACCUAGAGAAGGUCAAGGAAAGUCCGGAAGGAUCCGAGACACCUUCAACUUCUACAGAGGAGCUCAAGUGAUGACCGAUGGUGUCCUUUGAAAUAAACUAUGAUGAUCCAUUAUCACUGUACCAUGAGUCUUCUGUACAUAUCAAAGUGAAUGGUCAUUCUUCACAAUAAAGCAAUGCUGUUGAGAGGA